AUGCGCGGGAGAGGGAAGCGUUCCGGGAAGCUGCACGAGAACCAACUGGUCCUGGUGAACCUGGUGAUGGGCCGGAACCCAAGUUCUACACUCACGUACGAGGUAGUGCAUUUGCUGGGAAUCGGGCCAGACCAGCGCCAGAACGGCCGUUGUACAAUCACGUUCCGAGUAGACACGCAGGUGGACGACCAACCAGACCUUCGCCCGAGAGGUACGACAGCCGUGCCGACUACAGCCAACAACCUUCACCCGAUGUCGCACCACACCCGCCACACCCUCCUCGACCAUCAGAUACAUAUCUUGACCCUAAUGCGAAGCGGCCCCCUCCGGCAAGACGUCACAGUCAGCCCAGACAUUACUCUUCAGAUUCGAGCGACGAAGACCUUGUUCCUCCUCGUGCUAGGAGACGAUCUGAAGUGA